UAAACUAUGUCUGUCAAGGAUGUGCGUCGUUCCACUCGUACAAGGAAACUCACAGAAAAAGCAAUGGAAAACAGAGAAGAAGACUUAGAAGGAAGGUUCUAUUCAGAGCAUCUUGACAUUCUAACAAUCUUAAAUGACACUGACAAAUUGCUGUCUUUAGUCCCCAUAAACGACGAUGAACUUUCUCUUAGAAAAUCUGAUAUCUCUGCACGAUUCGAUUCACUCCAACGAGUAGCAGAUGAGCUUGAAGAAAUCCAAGGAGAAACGAAUAAGGACAUAGCUAAGCAUCUAAAUGAGCUUUCCCCAAUUAUUGUUGACAUGAUUUCAAAAAUCGUAACUGCUGUUUCUAGAAAGGAACCAUCUGUCACUAAAGAGCCAUCCUUCUCGAAGAAAUCAACUGCCUCCAAGAUAUCGAAGACAUCCACAAUCUCCUCUAAGAAGGCAGUUGUUGCAGCCGAAACAGCAGCUCUUCACGAGAAGCUUGCUGCUCAGAGGCGUCAGAAUGAACGUCAGAGUGAGUUAGAGCGCCUUGAGAUGGAUGAAGAUGCUCGCAGGAAAGAGGCUUCAUUCAAGAUGAAACAAUUACGCAGGGAAAUAGAGGAGGAACGCCUACAAGGACAACUGAAGGCACAAGAGGCUAUGAUGAGAGCGUAUGAACAGGAAGAAGAUGAUGGAGCGUCAUCCGUUACUAUGAGAUCAUCAAGGCAGCUGAUUCGAUCACCUGAACAUGUAAACGGUGCAACAAUCGUAAAGGAAAUAAACUCACAAGAGUAUGGAAUUUCCAGAGCCGAUGAUGAUCCACUCCCUUCUGAUCAGAAAUCGCCAAAGACUAAGGCCUUGAAUCCUGAGACACCAGUCUUCCAUCCAGUUUGUUCCUCAAAUAUGGCUCAACAGAAUGACGGUCUUAUAGAGGCGCUUGCUCGGACGAUGACACUUAGUAGGUUGCCCAUUCCUGAGCCACCUAUAUUCAUGGGUGAUCCUCUCCAAUACCCUGACUGGUUGUCAGCCUUCACAACGUUAAUCGAAUGUCGAGGAAUCCCAGUCGGUGAAAGGAUACACUACCUCAGAAGAUACAUCGGAGGGCCAGCAAGAGAUGCUGUCAGCGGUUUCUUCUUGCUGAGGUCAGAGAAAGCAUACGAACAGACCAGAAGGGUGCUCGAGGAGCGCUUUGGCAACCCCUUCACUAUUUCGGAAGCCUUUCGAUCAAAGCUUGACACAUGGCCAAGAAUUGGAAAUAAGGAUCCCAAGGGCCUUCAGAAACUCUCAGAUUUCCUACAACAAUGUCUUAUAAUUAUAGCUUCAUCAGAAAUCAAAGACUUGGACAUCCUGAACGACAUGCGGGAGAUGAGCAAGAUUUGCACGAGACUUCCCGAUUGGAUUGUACACAGAUGGAAUCGCAUAGUAGCGAAGCUCAAGAAAGGCAGUGGAAGAUAUCCAUCAUUUGAAGAUUUUGUCUCAUUUCUAGCAGAGGAAGCUGAUGUUGCAAACGAUCCUCAUGUGACGUACGAGGCAACAAAGACAGGACAAGACAGAGAUCAACACAUCCAGAUACAGGAUGAAAACGAAGAAGCAGCAUCUCGGCAACAAAGGAUAACCUUCUCCACAGCUGGCAAGACAAGCACUACCCAGAAGACCUGCAUCUUCUGCGAACGACAGUAUCAUGAGUUGGAUGAGUGCAGUGAAUUCAGUCGAAAAUCAAUGGAGCAAAAGAGAGAAUUCGUGAAGAAGGGAGGACUUUGCUUUGGGUGUCUCUGCAGAGGUCACAUAUCAAAGGAAUGUCCGAAGAGGAGUGAAUGCAAAAUAUGCAGUAAGUGCCAUCCAACUAGUCUUCACGACGAGACGUUCAAAGAGCCAACUUCCGAAGGAAAACACGAUAAGCAAGAAACACAGUCUACCAAUUUGAGAGAGAAGACCUCUAUCAGCGGAAGAGAUGGCGAUACUUACAAUACUUGACUUUAUCUUUGAUGUUUCGUUAGUUUUCACACCAUUUUUUUGGUGACUGUUGAACGUAGUUUCAUUGUAUUUUAUUUUUAGGAGUAUUCCACUUUUGACUGAUCAUAGGCAAAUUGGGGCCUUAUUUUAGAAGAAUCGAAUAUGAAAAAUCAUAAAGGAUUUUUGGUGGGAGUGUGGCUGCCGCCGGCUUAAAAUGACAAGUUAGUCAUUUUAGUAGUUUAAAAGAUUUGUAUAAUUUGUUGAUAGAGAAGCUUUGUUAUUAUUAUUAUUGUUAUUGACAAUAAUUAUUUUGAUAUACCUGUAAGCGUGCCCUUAAUUAGGAUGCGCGUGUAUGAUAUACGCUAAGUAUGCUUUAAUUUCUGCCUAUCCAUGCGCGCAACCAUAGCAACGCGAUGUUCUUAAUUCAUUAUGCUUUUUGAUUUGUGUUUCGUUAAGAUGUUCUUCGUUCGGUUUGCCCUCUUCAUUGAUAAUUUACUUUUUAGCUGCCUAAAAGUGAUAAUGUCCAGCCAACGAGUUUCACGGCACUGUUGGAGAAUAAAACAUCGUUCAUAACUUAUUCAACAUCAUCCGUUUAUACGUUGGUACCCUCAUUUUAAGUGGCAGU